AUGGCUUUUGGUGCACCUGCCAUCGGAUCUACCCUAUUCUCACGCUUAUUCCGUCCUUUCUCGACUAGCUCCCCUAUCCUUUCCCUGACAUCCGAAUCAGCAUCGCGGGAUAUGUCGGACAACACGCAGAAGGCGACACUGGCUGCUGGUUGCUUCUGGGGAGUCGAGCAUCUGUUUCGCAAAAACUUUGGCAAUGGAAAGGGACUUCUAGAUGCCAAGGUGGGCUAUUCUGGCGGCUCGACGUCGUCCCCGUCCUAUCGAGCUGUGUGCACUGGUCAAACAGGCCACGCCGAAGCGGUGCAGAUAACGUUUGACCCCUCUGUCGUCAGCUACCGCUCCCUACUUGAGUUCUUCUACCGCAUGCAUGAUCCCACCACCAAGGACCGCCAGGGCCCUGACGUCGGCACACAGUACCGCAGUGCGAUCUUCACCCAUGGCGACGAGCAGCAGAAGGUUGCGGAGGAAGUCACCGAGAAGGUGAGCAAGGAGUGGUACAAACAGCCCGUCUCCACGCAGAUCAUCCCUGCAGGUCAGUGGUGGGACGCAGAGGAGUACCAUCAGCUCUACCUGGACAAGAAUCCUUCGGGCUAUGAAUGCCCUGCCCACUUUGUGAGGAACUUCCCUCCGCUUUCCGCAUGA